CGUCACCAUCCGUCAGUUCAUCACUAAUUUGUAAUUUGUACGUAACCGCGCCUUGUUUGUGUGGAUUUAUUUCGGUUUAUUUAUUGGUAUUCGUAUCAAUAAUGUUAUUGUUAAUAAAUUUGUAGUGUUUAGAUAGUGUAGGACUUAUAAUAUACGAAAAUGGAUGAAAAAGAAGAGUUACAUCUAACCUCUCAAGAGUUGCAAGUUUUAUCGGAACUUGACAGCCGGCAAUUUGGUUUCCUGAAGCUGAGAGGCAGUGAACAUGGCAGAACCCGGGCACUUGUCCUCAAAGCUGUAAAAUAUUUGGAAGGGAUGCUUGUGCAAGUCAAGGAAGAAGAAAGAGCAUGCUCUCCUGGUGCUAGAAGAGACAUAUGCAUUGACCCAAAAACAUAUUGCAAAUUAGGACAUUUUCAUCUAUUACUAGAAGACUAUGCUAAAGCAAUGUCAGCUUAUCAAAAGUUCUACGCACUGGAGCCCGACAACUGGAAAGAUCCCUUAUUCUUGUAUGGAUUGGGUCUCUGUUAUUACCACUACAAUGCAUUUGAAUGGGCGACAAAGGCGUUGCAAAUGGCCCUGUACGUGUCGCCGGGGUUCUCCCGCGCGGCGGACGCGCACCUCCGGCUGGCGCUGAUGUUCAAGGCGCGCCGGCACUGGGCCGCCGCGGCCGUGCACUUCAGGCGCGCACGUCUCGCGCCCCACCAGGACGCCACCUUCACACGGCUCGAACUCAGCUUCCACGCGGCGCAUCUACUGGAAGCCAGGGGCCUGAGGAAGGCGGCCAGGGACGCGUACGAGAGGCUGCUUAAAGAACCACAGCUGUCGUCUUCUCUCAAAGCUGACGUCUGCAGACAGCUCGGAUGGUUGUACCACCGUUGCGUGUCCCUGGGCGAGCCGGCAGCGAGGGCGCGCGCCGCGAUCUGGUGCCUACAACGCGCAGUGGUCGCGGAGCCCGAGUCGGGCGCGGGCCUGUACCUCCUGGGCAGGUGCUUCGCUGCCCAGGGCAAGGUCCACGAUGCGUUCAUAGCGUACAGGAACUCCGUAGAGAAGUCCGAAGGCAACGCUGAUACCUGGUGCUCGAUAGGUGUGUUAUACCAGCAACAGAAUCAGCCGAUGGACGCCCUGCAAGCGUACAUAUGCGCCGUACAACUAGACAAGGGCCAUUCGGCGGCGUGGACCAACCUCGGCAGCCUGUACGAGAGCUGUCAGAUGCCGCGCGAUGCGUUCGCGUGUUACACGAACGGGGGCACCGCCGCCACCGCCUCCAACGCGGCGCUCAGGCAAAGGCUGGCGUUCUUGAAGGUGCACCUGGCGAAUGCUCCUAUGCCUUCUGUCACUGGCAAACGCCGGCAGCUGCCCUCUAUCGAGGAGGCGUGGAACUUGCCGAUCUCUGCGGAGAUGUCGUCGCGUGCGCCCAAGUCUGCGCCGCCGCCGUACCCGAGCGCGGGCGGCGCGGCGCCGGGCGCGGGCGCGGCUGGCGCGGGCGCGGCGGCGGGGGGCGCGGCCCCGGCGGCCCCCGACGCGCCACCGCUCCCGCACCACCAGCUACAGACGCUGCAGUACCUCCAGAAGAACUCGCACAACCUCUCGCCUCACCAACAAGUGUUGAUGCAGCAGCUCCUGGCGCAGUACCGACAUGCGCAGGCGCGCGCGCGUGCGGUGACGAAAAACGAAGGUAGCAGUAACGCGACCGGCGGCGACACCACGGAGUCGCUCGCCGAAGACCUGUUGAAGAAGUUUGCGGACUCGCAGCCAGAUGUCAAGAAGGAACCUAUUGCAACAGAUAAUGCAAACCACACUGGCAGCAGCGAAACGGUGCUCGGGGGACGACAACCCGUCGUGAAGCUGGAGCCACUGAAGACGGAUCCUCUGAAACCCGUCACCUUCAAUAUCAUCAUGACCUCCAAGAUGAUAUUGGAUGCGUGCAAGGAAAACGCGGGCCCGCCAACAGCGUGGUCCGUCCUCGGCGACGGGAACGGACCCCCCGAGCCUCCGCCCGUGCCGCCGCCGCGACUCACCGCCGAGCAGCUCGCGCCGCCCGCUCCUUUCGUCUACGUCGAAUCCAAGCGGGAAGCCUUCUCGCCGUUGCUGCAAGAUUUCUGCCUGAAACAUCCUAUCGCGGUGGUUCGCGGCCUCACCGCCGCUCUAAAGCUUGACCUCGGGUUGUUCUCGACGAAGACUUUGGUGGAGGCGUGGCCCGAUCACGCGGUGGAGGUUCGCACACAGCUGAUGCAGUCCGCCGACGAAAACUGGGACCCCACCGGGCGCAGGCGCGUGUGGGCCUGCGCGUCGCACCGCUCGCACACCACCGUGCGCAAGUACGCGCAGUACCAGGCCGGCUCGUUCCAGGAGUCGCUGCGGGAGGAGCGCGAGCGCGGCGGCGCGGCCGGCCCGCCGCUGUCCGACUCCGACGGCUCGGGGCCCGUGAAGCGGCGCCGCGGCGCGCGCAUGCUGCGCUUCGGCACCAACGUCGACCUCUCCGACGAGCGCAAGUGGCGUCCGCAGCUCGCAGAGCUACAGAAGUUACCGGCGUUCGCGCGCGUCGCUUCUGCAGCCAAUAUGCUCUCACAUGUCGGCCACGUCAUACUCGGCAUGAACACCGUCCAACUGUACAUGAAGGUUCCCGGCAGCCGUACGCCCGGCCACCAGGAGAACAAUAACUUCUGUUCCAUCAACAUCAACAUUGGGCCCGGGGACUGCGAAUGGUUUGGCGUUCCCGACGCGUACUGGGGUGGAGUGCGUGAGCUAUGUGAACGGCACGGAUUGUCUUAUCUGCACGGGUCAUGGUGGCCCGAUCCGGAGGAACUGCGCGCUCACGGCGUGCCAGUUUAUCGAUUCACGCAGCGUCCCGGUGACCUGGUGUGGGUGAACGCGGGCUGCGUGCACUGGGUGCAGGCGACUGGGUGGUGCAACAACAUAGCGUGGAACGUGGGUCCGCUGACGGCGCGUCAGUAUUCCCUCGCGCUGGAGCGUUACGAGUGGAACAAGGUGCAGAACUUCAAGUCGAUAGUGCCGAUGGUGCACCUGACGUGGAACCUGGCGCGCAACAUCCGCGUGUCGGACCCGCGGCUGCACCGCGCCAUGCGCACGUGCCUGCUGCAGACGCUGCGCGCGGCGGCGGGCACGCUGCAGGCGGUGCGCGCGCGCGGCGUGCCGGUGCGCUUCCACGGGCGCGCGCGCGGCGAGGCGUCGCACUACUGCGGCGCGUGCGAGCGCGAGGUGUGGCACGCGCUGCUGGUGCGCGAGCACGAGCGCCGGCACGUGGUGCACUGCCUGGCGUGCGCGCGCCGCGCCUCGCCCGCGCUGCAGGGCUUCCUGUGCCUGGAGGAGCACCACAUGGACGAGCUGGCGCAGGUGUACGACGCAUUCACGCUGCACCGGCCGGCGCCGCUGGCCCCGCCGCCCGCGCCGGCGCCGACGCCCGACUGAUGCCGCUGACGCCCGCCGGGUGACGUCACGUACCUGCGUUUGUUUUGUUCCCGUUGCAGUAUUAGCCGCCGGUCGGCUCCGGCGGUCGCGCGUCGCCGCCCCGGCCGCAGGACCCGCGCCCGACGAUGGCGGCCCACGAUCGCCAUCUAUUUUGCUACACGACUCGUGAAUUUAAAAUUGUUGCGCUCUGAGAGUAUUUUUGGGGAUAAAAUGUAAUUUUAUAACGAGAACUCUUUUUCGCUCCUCGAUCACUUUUGUAAUUGUGGGAGAUAUUCAAAUAAAAUAGUGAGUCAAUUGUCGGAUAAGUGUAGUGGUUGAUGAUGUCCGUGCGUGACUGAUGCGAGUGGUCGGCGACAGUGCGGUGGGCGAGGCUCGGUGUGUGCGGGCUCUCAUGUGCUCACGUGUUCACCAUGAUAUAAAUGUGUUAUUUUUGUAUAGAAGCAUAUUUAUUUAUUUUUGUCGUACCGUGACUUUAGUUUGAUUUUUCUAGACAGUUUUAGCGAAUACUAGUUGGUAAGUAUAUUGCACAGAAUGAGAUCCUGCGUUUUAGCAGGGUCCGGCGAGAAGUGCUGCGAUGUCCCAAAGAAUGUUAUACUCGUGUAGGCGGUUGCUAUCGGAAACGUAUGAAAGUUCAAAAUUGUAUGACCCGCGCAUUAUCUUGUUUUUGAAAUUGUACUAUUAUCGCAUUUGGGAUCUGACAUCUAAAUUAAUUUAAUAAAUAUGUAAAUUGUUUCCUUUUGAAUUCAUGGACUGUAAUGAAAUUAGUCAUAAUUAGAGAAUUGUUUCAUGGUUGGGUGUAAAGCUAGAACGGAAUAGGCUUAGUAAGCUCAGGGUUGGCAGUAACGUGGGAGGGCUCUCUGUUGUCACUAGCGUUUGUUGUUUCUCUUGGAGUUUUAUUGAUGUGUUAGUGAGAUUUCAAUGUUACUAUAUUAGUUUUCUAGUGCCAAGUAUUGAGCCCGAGCUUGGAGAUGGAGUGAGUUUGCUGGAUUUUGUAUAGUGAAUGUCCGGUAUAUUUAUAAGUAAUUAUAACAUCACUGCCAUGUAUGACCUUACUGUUUAUACUAUAAUAUUACAUUUUAAAUAAAGAAAAUGAGAAUGAUUA